AUGUCUGAGCUGGCAUCGAUCCAGUCGGCCAGCAAUGGCAGUCCGCCCCCGGACGACCUCGAACAUGAACUGGAUACCUAUGUUCAGCCGCUCCUCAUCGACGAUAUCGUGGUGCAUAACUUGGCCUAUCAAUUCUCCAAGGUCUACCAGGAACUAGCCUUACACUCAGAAGAGCAAUUCCUCCCUACGCCCGUCACCAAGCUGCCCUCUGGACGCGAAACCGGCCAGUUCCUUGCCAUUGAUGUCGGCGGCACCAACUUGCGGGUGGCUUUCAUCGAGUUACUAGGCGACGCUGAUGAACAGUUGCCCACCGCCAAUGGUCCAGAGCGGUCACGUGAGACGAUCCGAAAUGCCCAACGGCCCCGGGUACGUCGAACUUUGGAAAAGGCGUGGCCGAUUGGAGAACACUUGAAAAUGGACAAGACAGAAGACCUCUUUGCAUGGAUCGGUGACUGUAUCGCUGAGGUCGUGGGCGAUCGACUGACUUCUGACAUGGGCAGAGUCCCUGUACCGGAGGAGCUGCCCAUGGGUAUCACCUUCAGCUUUCCAAUGAUGCAAAAUGAGCUAUCAUCUGCAACCUUGAUGCCGAUGGGCAAAGGCUUCACCAUUACUUCCGAUCUUGACCUAGGCUCCACCCUGCUUCAAGGCUACGCACGCCACACUAGGCGACAAUCUCCUAGUAGCUCAUCGUCUCCUCGAGCGAAAAGGCGAAGGCUCGGUCCUCUGCCACGGUUGAAGAUUGCCGCUAUUACCAACGAUACCAUUGCUACUCUGGCUUCACUGGCUUACAGCGUUAAAUCAUUGCCGAACUCCCGAGUUGCUGCCGGUAUUAUUGUCGGGACUGGAUGUAAUGCCACCAUUCCCAUGAAAUUUUCCAGCUUGGGGGAGGCCAAAGUGGAACCCAUCAGAAAGAAUAAACCUGACGCUACCGAGACCGUCGUCAAUACCGAAAUCACCAUCGCCGGGGCGUGCGGGCCUUUGCAGGCCAUCACCACCGACUGGGAUCGACGACUAGAUGCUGCUUGUGCCCGACCAGGCUUCCAACCUCUGGAAUAUAUGACGGGAGGCCGAUAUAUUGGAGAACUGGUGCGCAUCAUCUUCUAUGACUACAUGACCAAAGCGCACAAGCCACCGAUUCCGGCUGCCUCGCUUCCUGCCACGAUUGUGCACAGUUACAGCUUCACCACCACCUUUGUCAGUGCUGUGGUUGCACGAGCCCGGUCAAAUUCUGAACUGGCCGGUGAGUUGAAGCGUCGCAUCCCCCCUCCGGAAUCUUCCAAUUGGGGCUGGUCGCCCCAUUCGGCCGGGGCUCUCCGCAAGAUUGCACAUCUUGUUCAAGUGCGAUCUGCUGGUCUCAUUGCCGCAUCUACCGUCGGUCUCCUCGCGACCGUCGGCGAGAUCGCCUUAACAGAACCCGGCAGUCCUGCGUCCCUCCCAGACGGAGUGGUGAUGAGCGAUAGCAAGCCUCCAUCACCCAAGUCCAAUAUCCCUGCCCUCCCUCCACGUGACAUGAGAGAUGGACUGUCCCCAGCGCCUGGUGCCACAGCGUGGAAGUCAGGACCUGAAGAAUUGGUCAUUGCUUACACUGGAGGCAUCAUUCAACACUACCCUAAUUUUAAAGAGCAAUGUCAGCGAUUCAUCGAUCGACUGGUCAUGAGAGCAGGACCGCAAGACGGCGGCAAGAGUGUCUUUUUGCGGGAAGCUCGUGAUGGGGGUAUCAUUGGGGCGGGUGUUUUGGCAGGCAUGGAAACUGGCGAUCGACAAUGGUCCUGA